AAAAGACACUCUCUACAUAUACAAUGGUCACCCGUAAGGAAUUAGAAGAAAUCUUUAAAGAAAGAAUUCUCAUCAUCGAUGGUGCUAUGGGUACCAUGAUCCAAAAAUACAAGCUCUCAGAAGCUGAUUUUAGAGGAGAGGAAUUCAAGGAUUGGAAUUGCGAUUUGAAGGGUAACAAUGAUAUGUUGUGUAUUACACGACCUGAAAUUAUUGUUGAAAUUCAUGAAAAAUACUUGGAAGCUGGAGCAGAUAUUAUUGAAACUAAUACCUUCUCAUCAACAGUUAUUUCUCAAGCCGAUUACAAUGCACAAUCAUUAGCAUAUAGAUUAAACUUUUGCGCAGCUCAGUGUGCUAAAAAAGCUGCCACAAAAUAUACUCAACUCACACCUGAAAAGCCUCGUUUUGUUGCUGGUGCUUUAGGUCCAACAAACAAGACCGGUUCUAUUUCUCCUAGUGUUGAAGAUCCUGGUUUUAGAAAUAUCUCUUUCGACGAAUUAUAUGAAGCAUAUUUCGAACAAGUUCGUGGUUUAGUUGAUGGUGGUGCUGAUAUUUUGCUCAUUGAAACUAUUUUCGAUACAUUAAAUGCAAAGGCUGCUGCAUUUGCUUGUAUGGAUUAUUUGGAAAAGUUUAAUAUUGAUAUGCCAAUUAUUAUUUCUGGUACAAUUACCGAUCAAACUGGUAGAACCUUGUCAGGUCAAACAACUGAAGCUUUCUACAUUAGUAUGAUGCAUAGUAAUAUGCUUUGUAUGGGUCUCAAUUGUGCAUUGGGUACUGUUCAAAUGAAGCCUUUCGUUAAGGCAUUGUCUAACAUUGCUGAAUGUUUUACUCAUGCUUAUCCAAAUGCUGGGUUGCCUGAUGAAAUGGGUCAAUACAGACAAACUCCGGAAGAAAUGGCUCGUCAAGUUAAGGAUUUCCUUGAUGAAAAACUCGUCAACAUGAUUGGAGGUUGUUGUGGUACUACACCAGAUCACAUUAGAGCUUUGGCUCAAUUGGCAGCUCAAUACAAACCAAACCAAAUCAGAAAGCCACAAGAACCUACUCAUGAUAUGAAAUUAUCUGGAUUGGAACCAAUGAUUUAUUCUAAGAAUUCUAACUUUAUCAACGUUGGUGAAAGAUGUAACGUUGCUGGUAGUAUUCGUUUCAAGAAAUUGAUUAUGGAAAAUAAGUUUGAAGAUGCCUUGUCUAUUGCUAGAAACCAAGUUGAAGCUGGUGCUCAAGUAAUUGAUGUUAACAUGGAUGAAGGCCUUUUGGAUUCCAAGAAUGUCAUGAAGAAAUUCUUGUACUUGAUUAUGAGUGAACCUGAAAUUUCCAAGAUCCCAAUCAUGGUUGACAGUUCUAAAUUUGAAGUUGUUGAGCAAGGUUUGAAAUGUAUUCAAGGUAAAUGUAUUGUCAACUCAUUGAGUUUGAAGGAAGGUGAAGAAGAUUUCAUUGCCAAGGCCAAGAAGGUCAAAAAGUACGGUGCUGCUGUGGUUGUCAUGGCUUUCGAUGAACAAGGUCAAGCUGCCGAAUGUGCCAGAAAGGUUGAAAUUUGUACUAGAGCUUACAAGAUUUUGACAGAAAAAGUUGGAUUCCCACCAGAAGAUAUCAUUUUUGAUCCAAAUAUUCUUACAAUUGCCACUGGUAUUGAAGAACACAAUAAUUAUGGUGUUGAAUUCAUCAAUACUAUCAAGAUUAUCAAGGAAACCCUCCCAUAUGCUAAAGUAUCUGGUGGUGUAUCAAACUUGUCAUUCUCUUUCCGUGGUUUAACUCUUGUCCGUGAAUCUAUGCACAGUGCAUUCUUGUAUCAUGCCAUCAAGGCUGGUAUGGAUAUGGGUAUUGUAAAUGCUGGUGCUUUGCCAAUUUAUGAUGAAAUCACACCAAAGAUCCUUCAAUUGUGUGAAGAUGCUAUUUUGAAUAGAAAUGAAAAUGCAACUGAAAAUCUUUUAAGUUUUGCCUCCGAAUUGAGAGAAAAGCAAGCUCAUGGUGAGGAUAUUGAAGGACCAAAACAAAAGGAAGUUUUGGCUUGGAGAACUGGCUCAGUUCAAGAAAGACUCAAACAUGCCUUGAUUAAGGGUAUUGUAGAUUUUAUUGAUUCAGACGUUGAAGAAGCAAGACAAAAUUUGCCAUCUCCACUCUCUGUUAUUGAAGGUCCAUUGAUGAAUGGUAUGAAUGUUGUUGGUGACUUAUUUGGUGCUGGUAAAAUGUUUUUGCCUCAAGUUAUUAAGAGCGCUCGUGUCAUGAAGAAGGCUGUCAAGUAUCUCAUUCCAUACUUGGAAAAGGAUAAGGAAGAGAAGCGUCUCAGAGGUGAAGCUACUUCUUCAUCAGCUGGUAGAAUCUUAUUAGCCACUGUUAAGGGUGACGUUCACGAUAUUGGUAAGAAUAUUGUUGGUGUAGUCUUGGCCUGUAAUAACUUUGAAGUUAUUGAUUUGGGUGUCAUGAUUCCUCCUGAUGUUAUCGUUCGUGAAGCAAAGGAAAAGAAUGUUGACAUUGUUGGUCUCUCUGGUUUGAUUACUCCAUCUUUGGAUGAAAUGGCUACUGUUGCCAAGGAAAUGCAAAAGGGUGGAUUGACUUGUCCACUUCUUAUUGGUGGUGCUACUACAUCUAGAACCCACACUGCUGUCAAGAUUUGCCCACAAUACGAUCAACCAUGUAUCCAUGUUUUAGACGCCAGUAGAAGUGUUGUUGUUGCCUCAAGCCUUUUGGAUAAUAGAUUGAGAGAAGAAUAUAUGGAAGAAAUUAAUGAACUCUAUGAAGAAUUGAGGGAAGAGCACUACGACUCACUCCUUGAAAGAAAGUUCGAAAAUAUUCAACAUGCCAGACAAUCCAGACUUGCAAUAGAUUGGGAAAAGCAACCACCUGCAAAGUCUCCAACCUUUUUGGGUGAAAAAGUUUUGGACAACUUCCCUCUUGACCAACUUGUGUCUCAUAUUGAUUGGUCUCCAUUCUUCUCAGUGUGGCAAAUUAAGGGUAAAUAUCCACACAGAGGUUACCCAAAGAUUUUCAACGAUCCUGAUGUUGGUGAAGAAGCUAAGAAACUCUUUGAUAAUGCUACCAAGAUGUUAAAAUCUAUUAUUGAAGAAAAGAAACUCGUUGCUAGAGGUAUUGUUGGUUUCUACCCAGCCAAUACAAAUGAUUCCAAGAGUUUGGAUGAUAUCGAAAUUUAUGAUCCAACUUGUCCAGAGGAAAAGAAGCAAAUUGGUACAUUCUAUGGUCUUCGUCAACAAGCUGAAAAGGAAAAUGAUGAAGAACCAUUCAUGUGUAUUUCUGACUUUAUUGCUCCAAAGACUACUGGAUUGAAUGAUUAUAUUGGUCAAUUUGCUGUUUCCAUCUUUGGUGCUGAAGAAUUGGCUGCUAAAUAUCAAGAAGAUGAUGAUGACUACUCAUCCAUUAUGGUUAAAGCUCUUGCCGAUAGAUUGGCAGAGGCCUUUGCUGAAUUAUUACACGAACUUGUCAGAAAGGAUUAUUGGGGAUAUUCUCCAGAAGAAAAGUUGGAUACUGAAGAUUUGUUGAGAGUUAAAUAUCAAGGUAUCAGACCUGCUCCUGGUUAUCCAUCACAACCUGACCACACUGAAAAGGAGACAAUGUGGAGAAUUGGUCAAAUUACUGAAAAGACUGGAAUUAAAUUGAUUGAAGAAAGUUUGGCAAUGUGGCCACCUGCAUCCGUAUCUGGAUUAUACUUUGCUCACCCAGAAGCUAAAUACUUUGCUGUUGGUAAGAUUAGUAAGGAUCAAGUUGAAGAUUACAUGAAGAGAAAGGAAUGGGCUGAUAUGGAUUAUGCUGAAAAGAAAUUGAGCACAAUGCUCUUCUAAGAAAUAUAAUGUUUACAAUUUUAAUUAACUACACAAAAAUUUGUUUUUG